UCUAUCGCCUCAAAUAUGGCUGCGCUUGGAGAGGCGGAGCAGGUAGUGGCAACAACAGACUCAGACCAAGGAGAUUUUAAUGAAGCAGAAGCACCUGGAAAGAGCGACGAUGCACCUUUCUUCCCCAGUGAUUCUAUAGAAGAAUUGAUUUACGAUGAUUUGACAGAAGCAGAUCAUCAGACACUACAUAAAGGAACUAUUCAUAGCAUCGUUCGUCAAACUUCGUAUGACUCACGUAGUGAAACACCAAACACUGUUGAUCAAGACACUCCAGAUAUUUCAGCUGGUGAAGAAUCACUCGAAGACAGUGCAGAGACUCAGGUAAACAGUAACUCUAUAUCAGUUGGUGAGCAAGAAGAAUGCUUAGAUGCUGAAGUAGAAGAUGAAGAGGAUGUGAACAGUCCAAAUUGGAAAAACCAAAAAAAACAUGUUUUCAUUCUCAGUGAAUCUGGAAAACCAGUUUAUUCAAGGCAUGGACAUGAGGACAAGCUUGUGACUAUUAUGGGAGUGAUGCAGGCAUUGGUAUCUUUUGUGCAAGACUCUAAAGACAGCCUGAGAAGCAUUGUAGCAGGAAAGCAUAAAUUUGUGUUUUUGGUCCGCGACCAUUUGAUUCUUGUGGGUGUCACAAGAGGAACGGAUUCAACUCAGCAGAUGCUACUUCAGCUUAUGUAUGUUUACAAUCAGGUUAUAAGUGUUCUGACUCACAGUCAGUUAUCAAAAAUCUUCAAGCAGAGAAGAAACUAUGACUUGCGACGCCUGCUUACUGGUGCCGAAAAAUUUUUUGAUAACCUUCUGAACCUUAUGGACUCAGAACCUGGUCUUUUGUUGUCAGCCGUCCGGUGUCUGCCCCUUGACAACCAGGUCAGGGAUAUUAUUGCCCAGACCAUUGUGCAAAAUGCCAAAGUUAAGGAUUUGGUGUUUGCUCUUAUAAUUGCUAAAAAUCAGUUGGUGACACUUGUACGUAUGAAGAAAUAUUAUCUCCAUUCCAUGGACCUCCACCUCAUUAUCAACCUUGUCAACGCCUCCGAGUCAUUUAAAGAGGCUGAGUCCUGGACUCCAAUUUGUCUUCCAAAGUUUGAUGCCAGCGGCUACUUGCAAGCACACGUGUCUUAUCUGGACAGUGACUGUCAAGUGUGUUUGCUUCUUUUGUCAGUGGACCGUGACUCCUUCUUUACAUUAUCUGAGUGCAAAGACAAGAUCAAAACACGGCUAACACGAUACAAUGCCCUUGAGGCCAUCGACAGCUCCCUAAGGAGAAAAAGCUACAGCACACAGCAAUGUGGUAUCACCGAUCUUCGGCACUUUCUGUACAAAGCACGCAGCACAGCUCAGUACACCAGUCCUGAGCUGGAAGCUCCAUACUGUCUUCCAGGGGAAGACGAACGACUCUUUGGCAUGUAUCAGUAUCUGCACCAUAGAAUUCAUACUUCAGGGCGGCCGCUGAAAAUCCUUUUUCAUGUUGGGCAGUAUGAAACUCUUCUUGGCUGGGUAACACAAGGCUUUGAGCUGUAUGCUGUGUUUGGGCCUCUAGUGACCAAGACUGGAGCUAUUCAUGCUGUGAACAAGCUUCUAAGAUGGAUCAAACGAGAAGAAGACAGACUGUUCAUUCUUAAUUCUCCAACUUUCUGAUAGCUAUAGUGUUGUUUUAGUAAAAUAUUAUGAAUUUUAUUAAGGAAAACCUGGACAAAGUAGUCCUCCUUGCAAGAGAGAUCCAUGUUAUACUUAAUCUUUCUGGCAUAAAUUUGUGAACUGGAGAAUGUGAAAUAUGUUUUAUUGUAUAAACAAAUAGACUUAAUAAUGUUUAAUUAUGGAUGAUUUUCCAUCCAUGUUUGAAGUAGUUUUUUAUGUUUCUGUCAGUUCUGUUGCCUUCAUUUCAAUUGAUUGUAUUUUUAUGUCAUGGAAAAUAAAAGCUAUAUGCCAUCGAAUAAAUUUUAUUAGCUAAUAGUACAGAUUUUGAAAAUAAUCACAUCCAUAUUAUAAGCAUUUGAAUUUUUGCUUGUUUGUUUGCUUGAAUAAUAAUAUGUUUAUUUAUAUAGCACUUUUCCCCACCAUCAAAGGUGGCCUUAAAGCUCUUUACUAAAAAGAAAAACACAUAAAACAUAAUAAUAAUGGAUGCUGGUCUCAAAAACAAUCACUGAAAAAUAGCUGAAUUCUAGCAGUAAGAUCAUCAGGUUAGUUUUACAAUCCCUGAGAAAUAGCCAGAUUCUGUUCAAGAAUCUUACCAUUGUACAUCUCUUUUCUCUAUUGAGUUAAUUUAUCUGAGAUCCUUCUUAAGGUGCCAUUCCUAUUAGAUUAUGCUCCUCAAAAAUCCUUCAGAGAAAAAAAGUAUAAAAGAUUGUUUGCUCAGCUCUGUCAACCCACUAGCUUAGUCAUUAACCAUGCUGGUGCUUUAGAGCAGUUCUUCCAUGGUGUGUAAUGUUUGACUACUUGCAGAAAAAUAAUGCCAUAUUAAUUUAAUGCAUUAUGAAAAAAAAUGAAUGCUGAAAUCAAGCUGAAUCCAGAUGCACCCUAUAAAAGGAAAAUGUAUUUUAUCGUGUGGGGUAAAUGCAUAGUGCCAGUUUUGAAAAUAAAGUUUAGAAGUUUCAGGCGUUUUGCUGUUGCUACAGAUUCCAAAUAAAUUUUCAGUAGUAACAGUUCUUUGGAGACAAAUAUAGACACCUGCAUUAAUGUUAAUAUGGUAGGCCUCUCACUUGAAGGGUGUUAUUUAUAUGCCUGAUUGGAUAUUCCUCUUUGGGGUUGGUUUUGUUUUUUAAUCACAUGGAAUUUGUUGAGAACAGCUGCAUAAUCAUUUGUAAGUUUUCUUGAGUUACAAGACCCUGCCUGUCUAACACAUGUCGUAAGUAUUAUUAUUUGGGCUCUGCACAUGAUUAGGAUGGUAUUAAUACUUUUAUGCAGCACUUUGUUUUUGCAGUGCUUCAUUUCUAUGCAACAAACUGAAGAGACUAUAGUCACUGAUCAAGUAAGAUAUAUAUUUAAUGACACAUAGCAAAUGCUGAUUUUAUUUGUGUAGAACAUGGUAUAUUAAUAAAAUAGUAUUAAGUCAAAUGCUGAGAUAUAUGUACAGUUAUUAUUCACCUUUAUAUCUGAGCUGCAUUCUGAUUAAAAAUUUAUUCUUUGGGCUUUGUAAUCAGUUGCUACAGGAUUGCAUUUUUUUUAUUGUUAUUUGUUUUGGGUUUUGUUUUAAUUUUAUUUUUUGUGAAGAAGUUAUUCUGAUCCUUGAUUAAAUUUAAGCCGGAACAUUUUAUAUAUUUUUCAGUUAGAUCUAUGGUUAUCUUGAACAUAUAGUAAUAAGUGGACCUGUCAUUGCACAAAAUAUUUAUCCAAUUUUUGUUUCAACCCAAAAAGCUACAUAACAACAUAUUUCAUUCAUGAGUGGUAAUUGGAUCUUGUGAAGUGGUAUUUUGUAUGGCUGUAUGUUUGUGUGCAUAUGCACAAAUGUGCAUAUAGCAAAGAAAACAAUUUGAGUAAAUAAUGGGAAUGACUACUAGUUAAUAAAAAUCAGAUAAUAUAUUCAUUUCUCUAGUCAUAAGUAUAUUCCAUGUCAUAUUAAAUUCUUUCACCAGUUGCAUAAAUGAUGAUGAUCAUGAUGAUGAAUGUUUGCAAGAAUUACUUUGUUAAAUAAACACUUUGGAUUAUGGCUCUGGAAAAAAAAUUGAGCUGGGGUUCACCUUUUUAUGUUUUCAGUGCACUAAAAUUCAUGUUCAUCGUGUAAAAGACUAAAAAUAAAGGCUGGGGGGUCUUAAAAUCUGAACAAUAACUUUACAGCACUAUCAUUGACCACUAACUGACUUUCGGGUAGCUAAAUUGUUAUGUUGGCAUCUGCUCCAUAGUUACAGAUGCAUCCAUAGCACAGGUACCUUGCCAUGAGAUUGUAUCUGCAUGGGUCCUAGAGGUAUAGAGUGUUGCAUGAUUAGGGGAGGUGCU